UCUGACUCUCCUCCUCUUACCCCGAACCCAAAGAGAAAGUGCCAUGCAGCCACAUUUCUGAGCGGGGAGUGGAGCUACUGGGCAAGCAGGGGAGCUUAGUGAGCCGAAUCUGGUGCACAGAUGAUAUUUUGCCCAGACCUACUCUUGGGGAAAUGGAACGUACCUGUCCAGAUGCUCUGAAUGCCCAGUUUCUGCAGGUCUUGGGAUUCCCUCCAACUUCUCUUGCCACAACUCUAAGAGAAACCCUAAGCAAGUGUCAGGUAAUAUCAGGGGAGACAUGGAAAUGAGGGCAAUCUUCUGCAUAGAAGACAGAACCUGUUCCAGGAGUGGAAUUUCAACCCAUCCCAGCCUACUAAGACCAGAACACCCAAGCUGCAGAACACCCAUGUCUUGCUCCCGCUUAGCCCGUGGCCUACAGAGCCAGGGCAAGGAAAUGGCAGUGGCAGAGCUGGUGAGCUUCGAGGAGGUGGCUGUGUAUUUCUCUGAGGAGGAAUGGGCUCUUCUGGACCCGGGUCAGAGAGCCCUCUACUGGGAUGUGAUGCAGGAGAAUUAUGAGGCUGUGAGCUGGCUGGGAUUUCCAGUCUUCAAAGCUCAUGUGAUCUCCUGGGUGGAGCAAGGGGAGGAGCUGUGGAUCCCGGAUCUCCAGGGCUUAGAGGAAGGGGAGAACAUCACCGACACCCACACAGCAGGUGAUGGGACGCUGAGUGAGAACAAUGAGGAGAGUCUUCAUCAGGAAGCACCGGAGCAAGUGGCUCCACAUGGGAUGUUAUUGGGAAGUUCUGAAGGGCAUGUUUCCCAGAUACCUGAGCAGGGAGAAACCUGUAAGAGUCAGCAUAGCCCAGACAGGCAGCAGGGAAAACAUCCAGAGGAGGGACAAGGCAAAUCCAGUCACUGGGGCAGAGGAGUGAAAAUAAAUACAGAAGCGGUUCAACAGAAAAUCCCCCAUCAACAAGCACCCUCCACUUACAAUGACUGUACAACUCUUAUUGAACAUCAUAAAAUCCCCACAGGUGAGAAACCCUUCAACUGCUCUGACUGUGGGAAAAGCUUCAGUAAGAGGUCAGACCUUGAAAGACAUAGCAGAAUUCACACUGGGGAGAAACUCUUUUAUUGUUCUGACUGUGGGAAAAGCUUCAGUAGGAGCUCAAAUCUUUUUAGACAUCAGAGAAUCCACAGAGAGCCAUGUUUCAACUCCUCUGACUGUGGGGAAAGCUUCAGUGACAGAUCAGACCUUGUUAGACAUUGGAGAAUCAACACAGCAGAGAAACCCUUCAGCUGCUCUGACUGUGGGAAAAGCUUCAGUUGGAACUCCCAUCUUAAUACACACAGGAGAAUCCACACAGGGGAGAAACCUUUCAGCUGCUCUGACUGUGGGAAAAGCUUCAGUCAGCACUCAAGUCUAAUUAGACAUAAGAGAAACCACACAAGAGAAAAACCCUUCAAUUGCUCUGACUGCGAGAAAAGCUUCAAUGAGAGUUCACAACUUGUUCGACACAGGACAAUUCACACUGGAGAGAAACCCUUCAGCUGCUCUGAGUGUGGGAAAAGUUUCAAUAGGGGCUCACAGCUUGUCAUACAUAAGAGAAUCCACACAGGGGAGAAGCCAUUCAGCUGCUCUGACUGUGGGAAAAGUUUCCAUGGGCGCUCACACCUUGUUAAACAUUGGAGAAUUCACACAGGGGAGAAACCCUUCAGCUGCUCUGACUGUGGGAAAAGUUUCCGUGGACGCUCACAUCUUAUUAGUCAUCAGAGAAUCCACACAGGCGAGAAACCUUUCAACUGCGCUGACUGUGGAAAGAGCUUCAGUAGGAGCUCAAGUCUUGUUACACAUAGGAGAGUUCACACAGGGGAGAAACCCUUCAGGUGUUCUGACUGUGGGAUAAGUUUCAGUAGGAGCUCGUACCUUGUUACACAUGGAAGAAUCCACACAGGAGAGAAACCCUUUGAUUGUUCUGAGUGUGGGAAAAGCUUCAGGGAGAGGUCAGGCCUUGUUAAACAUUGGAGAAUUCACACAAGGGAAAAACCUUUUGACUGUGAGAAAAGUUUGAUUUGGCCCUCAAAUCUUAACAAUCAUCCUAUAAUCCACACAGGAGAAUCAUAGAAUCAUAAAAUCAAAUAAUAGAACACUAGAACUGGAAGGGACCUCAAGAGGUUAAGUCCAUUCCCCCUGCCCUGACAGGAGGUCCAAGCACCCUUUGUUAUCACUGGUAGAUGUUUGUCUAAUUUGCUUUCAGAUAUCUCCAAUGAUGGAGAUUCUACAACCUCCCUAGGCAGUUUAUUCCAGUGUUUAACCACCCUGAUAGUUAUGUAGUUUUUCCUAAUGUCUAACCUAAACCUCCCUUGCUGUAAUUUAAGAACAAUUUUUUCCCUCCUCCUUGAAACAUCUUUUUAGGUACUUGAAAAUUGCUAUCAUGUCCCCUCUAAGUCCUCUCUUUUCCAAACUAAACAAACCCAGUUCUUUCCGUCUUCCUUUUUUGGUCAUGUCUUCUAGACCUUUAAUCAUAUUUUAUGCUCUUCUCUGGACCCUCUCUAAUUUCUCUGCAUCUUUCUUGAAAUGUGGUGCCCAGAAUUCAACACAAUAUUCCAAUUAAGCCUCCUCAGUGCAGAGUUGAGUGGAAGAAUUACUUCUUGUGUCUUGCUCACAACAUUCCUGUUAGUGCAAUCCUGUAACUUCUCUGACCACAGGAAAAGGUUCAUUCUGAGGUCAGAACUUGUUAGACAUAGGAGAAUCCACAUGAGAGGAACCCCAUAAUCUAAGUCCCCUUUAAGUUGUGUGGUCAUACAGCUUUGCUACAGCCUAAUAAAUACCUAGCAAGCUCUUAGGGCUGUGGUGGAGAUUGAUGCCUCUACUCACUGGUUUCAACUCCUGCCCAGACCAGCAAUAACCAGCACACAGCUGGCUAUGCCGCAGUCCCAGAGCUGCCAUGACAGGGAAACAUGCCUCCCUCCCCCCCCAGCAGCAUCAGAGCUGGGGGAGAGGAAGCUGAUGGGGGGGGGGAUCUUCUCUCUCCUACAUCGUCCUUUGGUGGCCUACCCCUCAAAGCCCUUCAUCCUUGGCCCACCUCAGAGAUCACACCCCGAGCCCAAGCCCUCAUCCUAAAGCUUCUGUCUCAUCCCUGAGCCCCUAGUCCCCAGCUGUUUGGCCCAGCCCUGAGCCUCCUUCCCAUAAUACAAGAUCCUGAGGCCCAGCCCAACUCCUGCCACAUGAACUUCUGUGCACCAAUAUGGAUAAUAUGUCGCACAUAUUGGUGCCUUUAACAAAAUUCAAUCUGCAACUUUGGGAAAAAAUUAGAUGGGACACUGUGUAUAACUGUUCUGACUGUGAGAAGGGCUUCAAUGAGAGGUCAGACCAUGUUAGACAUAGGAGAAUCCACACGAGAGAAACCCUUCAGCUGCUCUGACUGUGAGAAAAGCUUCAGUGAACGCUCACACCAUAUUGCACAUCAGAAGUUCAUACACGACAAAAUCCCUAUAACUGCUCAGACUGUGGGCAAAGGUUCAGUCAGGGCUGAUACCUCCUUGAACGUCUGUCAGGAGAGAAAGAUAAAAGCUGUAGUUUAAUCAGAGAAAGCUUUAGUCAGUGUCACACACCUCCCACUGCCCCUCCUCUGAGUGGGUACAGUGUGCGUCCAACCAUCCCUUCCCCCAGCUCGGGAGUUCAACCCCACACCCUAGUGAGUAGCCCCAACCACCCUUGAAUUCCCCAAAAUCUCCCCAACAGGCACAGUUUUACAGUCUGAAGCAUUGGUCGGGUCCUAUUGGUUCCAAACGACCGAGACACUGCUGUCAGAGGGGUAGGGGGACCAGGACCCUCCCCCUCUACUGGAACUCAGCUCAGGGCCCUAAGGACUGGAGGAAUCCACGUCUGAUCUGGCUGACGGGGACUCCACCUGAAACUCACCAGCCCGUGGGCCAAUAUCCAAGGCCCCACCCUGGGCUACUUCCAACCUUCCUUCCAGUGCAUGGCUCCACCCAAAAAGCCCACUUCCAGGGCUGUCGCUUCAUGGCAGGCCUUGAGCUGGAGCACCCUGGGCCCUGUCCACUCUCCCUGUGAGGACAUCAGUGGAGCCCAUGCGUAAGAGCCGUGGUGCUCUCCACCCAGGCUCAGCACGGCGCAUGGCAUCCUGGCAGCCUCCUUCCCAGUGUGCCCAGCGGGUUUAAAUCUCCCGCCAGGACGCCUUCCGUGCGUGGGGGCGUGGCACUGCCCUGCCCAUCUCCCUUGAUGCUGGGCCAAUGUUAAGCUCCUUGGAUAUGAGGGAGCAUGCGCAGCACUGGCAGCGCCGCCGUGGGGCCUGCUCUGCCCACAGUGCCGGUGCUGGACCGGCCGGAGUGUGGGGUGCGGGUGCCCCAGCACACACCCCCCAUCCAGGUUAGGCCUAGGCCCUCUUCCCCUUCCUCCCUCAUUGCUCUAGAGAAAAAGUCUGCGUUAUGGGUUUUACCUGACCGAUGUGUCAUCUCAAAGCAGUAUGACUGCAAGGACAGGUACCAUCUCAUGAUGCAUGUAUUCAUCUCUUUCAUGGUGUGCAGUCACUGGAGGGGCGCGUGGUUUGUAAUCAGCUGGAAUUGACUGCCUGGAAGAUAGUACCUCAACACGUCUAUAGCCCAUUUCAUAGCCAGCACCUCUUUCUCUAUCGUGUCAUAUUUCUGCUCCCAUGGAAACAGCUUUCAGCUUAUAUAGAGGACAGGGUGCUCCUCUCCUUCCACUUCCUGUGACAACACCAUCCCCAACCCAACCUCCGAAGCAUCAGUCUGCUUUAUAAUGGUUUUGUAAAGUCCACUUGGGUCAGAACAGGGGCAUGGGUCAACUACUCCUUUAGUGAUAGGAACGCUUGCUCCCCCUCUUCAGUCCACCACCCUUUCGUUGGUUGGGUCUUACAGAUUAAAUCUGUUAAGGGGGCUGUCAGUGUUGCAAAAUUGGGAAUGAAAUGCUGGUAGUAGCCUGCCAGUCCAAAAACUGGCAUACCUGCUUUUUUGUCAUCAAUGUGGGGAAGUCUUGGAUGUCACCUACCUUAUCUACCAAAGGCUUUAAUUUGCCCUGCCUCACCCCAAGUACGAUACCUUGUGGUGUCCAAAGUAGCACUUGCCUAGGUUCACCGUAAGCCCAUGUCACUCAGAGUUGUGAGCACUGCUACCAACUGCUGUAGAUGGUCAGCCCAUGUAGAGCUAAACAUCACUAUGACGUCUAUGUAUGCAGUGGUGUAAUAGCGAUGUUCCCAGAGAACCCUGUCCAUUAACCUCUGGAAGGUGAUGGUAGCUCCAUGCAGACCAAAGGGCAUGGUCACGAAUUGGUACAACCUAAAAGGGACGGGGAAUGCCGUCUUCUCUUUAGACACGGGAGUUAGUGGGAUUUGCCAAUAGCCCUUAGUUAAGUCAAGGGUAGAUCUAUAGUGUGCAUCUCCUAGAUGUUCUAAGAGCUUGUCCAUUCUGGGCAUUGUGUAGGCAUUGAAAUGGUAUAGCACAUUUACCUUGCGGAAGUUGAUACAAAAGCAGAUGGACCUGUCCCCCAUGGGUUGGUGCUCAGGGGCAGGACUGCGGCACCCCUUACCAUGUUAAUCAGGGACCGUGCACCCGGGGUGCAAGUAUAGCUUGGUCCGGCACUGUAACUCCUUCCACACAGAGACCCACAGGGGUCUCAUACCUUUUUUCCUGGUGCAGUUGUGACAUGGUGGUAGGCCCAGGCUAUUCAUCCUAGUUCCUUAGAAAGGACCCGGGGAAACGUCUGCAACAGUCAUAGAAGAUCGUCCUGCUGGCUCAGGUCCAACUCCUCCCCUAGUUGGACAGGUGGGGAAUCCCCUGUUUCUCCGCCCCAUGGGCCCAGCUCCAGCUCAGGUUGACAGGGCUUGAUCUUCUCGGGGGCACCACCCCUUUAAGAGAUUUACAUGAUAGAUCUGGGUACCCUGCUGCUUCCCCAAGAGUUGGAUCUCGUAAUCUACUUCCCCGACAUGGUGCCAUACUUUAAAAGAUCCUUGCCACUUCGCUAGUAAUUUGGAGUCCUAUGAGGGCAGUAGAAGCAACACCUGGUCCCCGGGUUUAAAUGUUCUCAACUGGGCUCCCUGGUUAUAAUAAUGGACCUGCCUCUCCUGGGCCUUCAAAAGAUUUGAGUUUGCAAACUCCCCCAGGGUCUGAAGUUUCUUUCUUAGGCCCAGUAUAUAUUGAACUGAUACCUGUACCCUAGAUUCUUGUUCCUCCCAUGUUUACUUUAUGAUGUCUAGUAUGCCUCGGGGUUGGCGUCCAUAUAAUAAUUCGAAUGGUGAGAACCCCUGGAUGCCUGAGGUACCUCCUGGACUGUGAACAAUAAAGCGGGCAACAGUUUGUUCCAGUCCCUGUCCACAAAUCUUGUCCUUGUCCACAAAUCGACAUAGCCUACUUUUUAGAGUCUUGUUAAACCUUUCUACUAGACCAUCUGUCUGGGGGUGGUAUACAAAAAACCCACUCCCAGGGCUGUUGCUUCAUGGCAAGCCCUGAACCGGAGAGCCCUGGGCCCCAUCCACUCUUCCCACGGAGUGGUCAGUGGAGCCCAUGCAUAGGAGGCUCUCUCCCUUCUGUGGUGCUCUCCGCCCAGGCUUGGCACAGCACGUGGCGUCUUCUGGCAGCCUCCUUCCCAGCUCACCUGGUGGGUUUAAAUCUCCCACCGGGACGCCUCCCAUGCAUGGGAGCGUGAUGCCGACGUGCUUCUGCACCUCACCCCCCUCUCUUAAUGCCAGGCCGAUGCUAAGCUCCCUGGACACCAGGGAGCAUGCGCAGCACUAGCGGUGCUGCGGGGCCUGCUCCACCCACAGUGCCGGCACUGGACCAGCCAGAGUGCAGGCACCCCAUCACAUGCACAUUAUAUCACAUUGGAGUACCCAAAGAUGAGAGAGACCCUAUUGUAAUAUAAGAGGGUUUCUGGGAGCACUGCUGAGAGGGUCCAAUCGGUGAAUUGCUCAAAGACAGGGCUACUUAUAGCCCAAGCUUGGGGACCCUCCACUAUAAAGUGCACCAAAUCAGUCACAAAGAGCACUUCUAUUUGCUGCACCGGCCAGCAAGAAGACACACAACCUAUCCCCUUAAACAUGUCAGCUUCUGCUGUUUCACAACCAGUACCAUACUCUACACAGAGGAGAGGUUAUGAAAACCAGUCUCACGAAAUCUGGACAGGUUCUCCCAAUCUCAAAGGAUCAGCCACAUUUCCAGGUCAAUUUAAACCUUAGAUCUUACCCAGAAAUGCACAUGAUGCCAGUCUUUUUGAAUAUAACAUUGAAAGGCUUAUGAAUAAAGAAAGGAAAUGGUGAGUAAAAUUGUUAAAGGAAACAAAUUAAAUACACUGAUUACAAAAUUCCUGGUGUAGGCUUGUAGCAGAGAUGGAAUAAACUGAUAUAUUAAACAUCUCUGGAAUACAGCCUUUGAAUACAUCAGUCUUUUUGGGUUCAAUUCAUAACAAAAAUGCUCCUGAAGUGAUGAGCUGGAAUGAAAACAAUGAUGGAUGAACCUCUGGAGCCCUCUUUAUAUCCUUGCCUAUGUGGAGGGAAUUCAUUGUUCUCCUGUAAAAGUACCUUCCAAAAUGGAUUCUGUCACGAGCAAAUCACUUUUCCAUGCACGCUGCAGAUUUUUUUAGGCAAGCAGCCAUGACUUACGUGCUGGUGUGAAGGUACACAACAAAGUCUUCAGCUGUGGAUUUGCACCACCUGAGGUGCAUUGUCACUCAAGUACUGCUAUUAACAAGUAAACCUUGUACAAUAGAUGAGUGCUUGUUGAUAGUCUCCCAGAAACCUUGCACAAUAUCAAACUUGUUGAUCAUCUCCCAGAAACAAACGUGAAAUGCAAGUACAGUGCCAAUACUCAUAACUUCAAGUACAAAGAGGAUACAUGCAUAUGAGCAGUAUAAACAAUCAGGGAAUCAUAAGCUUUCUGUAGACAUCUCACUUGGCCCACUUUGCACAAGUUUUGGUGCAAACAUAUGACAGUGGUUGCAACAAUGUUAUGUAAGUCCAUAACAUUAGAGACCAUCACAUUUAUGAAUUACCAAGGGUAGGAAAAGCCUCAGUCAGAGGUCAGACUACAGGCUUCUUUCAGAAGAAGCUUUUUUUUUGGAAGAGAUCUGAAAAAUCUUCUUCUGAGAGUGUCAGCACUGCAAAAGUACAUUGAAAAGGCAAUCUGCUUUUUCGAAAGAGAGUGUCCAGACUGAAUGGACGCUCUCUCACAUGUAAGCUAUGAUUGCUAUGGAUGGAAUGGCCACCAGGGCACCUAUGCUUUUUCCUCUUUCCUCUUUUUCUGAAAGAACUCCUUCUUCCCCACCCACACAUGCCUUUUUGCGAAAGAGUUCUUUUGCAAAAAGGCUUCUUCCCCAUAGAAUGAGGAUUACCAAUGCCAGGAAAACCCUCUGUGCUUUCAGUUUUCUUAUAGAAGAAUGCAGUUGCAGUGUGUACAUUCCUCAAGUUUUGUUGAAAAAUUAGCUGUUUUUCCCACAAAACUCUGUAGUGUAACAUACCCCCAGUUGUCCACCAGAGAACCCAUACAGGGAAGAAACCAUUAAAUGCCAUGAAUUUGGGAAAAGAUCAGUGAGAGCUCAGCUCUUAAUAAUCCUCAGGGAAGCUCUGGAGAAGAGUGCUCCAAGUGCGGGAAAGCCUUCUAGUGCACCUCAUCCCUCAUGAGAUCUAAAUGCAUCCACCCAGGACACACAUUGUUAAAAGUGUGCUGGCUAGGGAUGGAGCCAAGAAAAUACAAUACUUCCUUAUUCCUACAAAGAGUCUGCCUUGCCUGCAUUGGCCAUGAGUGAGAGAUAUGGCAUUAUUCAAGCAGGGAAUGAAACAUCCUUCAGAGAACAGCGCCAUGCAGAGCAAGGGACUGAGAUAAGAGUCCCACAUUAUGACAGGACUUGAUUAUAACUUCUUGAGAAAUCUGAAUGGUUUCUUUUCUGUUACUUCAUUUAAGUAUGAUGAUAUACACCUAAGUCAUGAAGAAAAUUCCAAUGCUAAAAAGUCCACAUAGAUUUUGGAAAUUAAUUAUUACUAAAAUGCCAUAAGGAUUUCUGUGCUUCAGAGCUGUUGGAAUUUCACCUAAGAGACCUUAAUUCUUGCUUUCCUAGAACACUGACCCCUCUGGAGUUCAGCUUUGUUCCCUAGACUCUUUGGCUGGUAGCUGAUGUUAACAGAAAGGUGUCCAAGUCAUAUAAACUCACCAACUUCCAUCCAACUACGAAAAGGUUCUAAUGUCAUAUGGUACAGAAGGAAAGAAUUUUGCUAGUAACAGUAAAAGUAGUACAGCCUUGAAGCUGCCUGAGACUGAAGAAAGUUCUAAAAAAAAAACCAGAAUUGGUUGUAGUCUGUCAAAUUCAUGGUCCAGUUUUGUCAAUGUUGGGGUCACAUAAUUUAAAAAAUCAGACAUUUCAUCAUUUUAAUGUAUAAUGUCAUGCUGUUGUAAUUGUAGGGGUCCUGACUGAAAAAGGAAUUGUGGAGGAGAGGGGUGUCACAAGUUUAUUGUGGGGGGAGGGUUUUUUUAAGUCCUGGCUUGGCAAUACCCCGGCUGGGAUAAUUGAGUUGGGGUUGGUCUGCUUUGUACAAGGGUUUGGACUCGAUGACCUCCUGAGGUCUCUUCCAACCCUAUGGUUCUAUGAUACCAAGACAUGUAUAUCUCAGUGUGAUAUACAGAUCUUAAAUAUCACCAGCUCUCCUGCUUUUGGCAUGGUUCUGGCAAUAUUUGGCAUAUUUAUGAAUGUAGGAGUUGCUGGUUAUGGGAAGCCAGGAGGCAAUUUUCCAUAUCAGUUCAGAAACAAAAAGGAACCAAACUGUAAAGUUUAAAAAAAAUCAUAAUUUUUGAUGCAUGGCCUUGGAAUUUGUAGUGCUGUCUGUACUAUAUAUGUGUGACCCUGAGCCACAAAGGAUGAAUCAAUUGUAACAAUAUAGUUUUUCUGCAACCAUAUUGGAAGGCCUAAAUGGACACCAGAAUGAAGAGCAGCAGCCAUUAGCUGUAAAACCUGGAGUCACAUACUCACAUUCCAUCUAAAUUGUAUUACAAUAGUGUCACACCAGACUGUGAGGAGAUCCUGUCCUAUUGGCACCCACUAUCACCAGGUAAAGAAACAGAUGUCAAGAUGGGUAAAGAAAACUUAGUUUAAUAGCAUUGUCUGGCAAGAAACUGUUUAUCAGUAAAUGAAGUUGUGGAAUCAUCA